ACCUCCACACACACACACACACACACACUGCUUCCACUUUCUUCACACACACACACUCUCCCGCCGAGCUGCGCGCCUCUCCAUCCCCGGCUGUGCGCACUCCUGUCCCCGUAGAGCUCCGGAGCAACGACCGCAGGCUGAUUAGCGGACCGACUGCAGAGAAACGAGGGAACUAAACCCGGAAUAGCAUGUCUUCUAAAGCCAUGGAGUGUAUGAUGCUGUCGGAGGAGCAGAUUAAAGUUCUGGAGGACAGUUUCACUAAAUUCACCAGACAUCCGGAGGGAACCACGCUCAUGCUGAUCGCAGCGGAGUGCGGGCUGUCAGAGGCGGACACACAAAAAUGGUUCAAGCUACGCAACGAACUGUGGAGAGAGGCGGAGGGUCUUCCGCCUAAACUCCGAUCAGUGUUGGACUGAUACCAAAGAAGAAGAAGAAGAAGAAGCUCUGCGCUGACUUUGUUGCUCCUGGACAAAAAUGACCCCCUGCCACCUCUUCCUCUCACACAAUUCCCCCCAUGUGUCAUUCUUUCUUGUUUUGUAUCUAUGAAGCUAUUUUAACUUACUGUACGGAAUGUGAAGGUGUUUGUGUGCCAAUAUAACCCGCCAUGUUUACAGAAAUAAACAUAUUGUAAUUAUUAUAAGUUAAAAUGCCUCGAGUGUGCUCUGUGGCUAUACUGGUUAUACAGGAGGGGAACUGGGGACUUUUGUUUUCAGGCUUUGUUUACAUGUUUGUCGGUCAGCAGGACUAUGACAAAAAAUGUGAGGAAGCGCUGGGAUUACAAUAGAUGCUGCUGGAAUCAGCUGCAGCUAUCCAGGGACAAAUGUGGAAAUUGUCCAGUUGUAGAGGGGAGGAGGAUGGAGGGGGGGGGGGGGACAUAUGAGCCGAGUGAGCUGAAUGGCUAAAUCCUGGGCUAAAUAAAAGACAGGUGAUGUCAUUUCAAUGUCCAUUUCUUUCCUUGUGAUCACUCUUUGUAAAAAGGAUAUGAUCACAGCGGUCGGUUUGAGCUUAACCCUUCAGAGUCUCUGGGCUAAUUUGGCCGUUUUCGAGCUACGUUUUUUAUUUUGUUUGUCUUACUAAACCCCAUUAAGAAAUGUUUGAACAUGUCAAUGUUAGGACAACCUCACCUCAAUAACCUGAUAGUUCUUUUUUUCAUUUCACCAUACUAUAGGAACAUUUUGGACCCAAAAUCACACUAAAAAUGUAAAAACGGAAAUGAUAUUGUUUUUGAUGAGGGUAACACAAACAUGCACACCUCAACAUUUUACUAGAGCACCAAAUGCGUACCUUUAGCCUACUCAGUCUGUUAGAAAGGCACUUGUUCCUCCUGUUUAUCAUUCAUGUUUGCUGGAAGUUACACUACCCUGCUUGAUCUUUAACCUUCUUUUUAUCAAAGAAUCACGUCUUCAGUCGUGUGGUUGAGUGCUACAGAAAAAGGAAGAGAAGUCAGGAAGUACUGAUGAAAACACAUUGUUGGUUUGGACAAGAUUUCACAAAAAUAGUUGAGUUUGGGCCUAUUUUGGGAUGCUUCCUCUUACACAGUGAUUGCUUUGUUGUCCUCUUGGUUUGUGUUUGUUAGUGGGACAUUAAAGAAAUAUUUAAAGUAGGAACAUGUGCCGAGGACCAAGUCUUUGUUUUUAUCUUUGCACAGCUACUGCACCUGCUGAAUGGAAAAACUGUCACAGCAUUUAAGGAUUAAAGGAACUUUUUUGUACAUA